AUGAGCAGCCCGCCCACCAUAUCGCGGCUGCGGCUGCUGAGCGACCAGCCGGUCGAGGGCUGCGAGCUCACGCCCGACAUCUUCCUCGCCAACGGGGUGCCGGCGCACACGUGCCGGCUCGAGUACAAAUGGUACCGCUCAAUCACAAAGAUGGCCUGCUCGUGGUGCGGUAAGACGCCCGUCAUCAUGCAGCGCCUGACCGACGACUCGUACUUCUGCUCCGUCGCGUGCUUCACCAACGCGUGGCAGGGCCACCCGAACCAGCACCGCACCGGCCUCACGAGCUCGGGCGUCCGGACGGAGACGGCCAAGCAGGCGGAGGGGUGGGUCGGGCGCGACUUCACCGAGACGACCGAGCAGAAGUGGGUCGAGGUGUCCGACGUGAGCACCUACAUCCCCUCGCUGGACGACGCGGUCACCCCGCUCAGCGCCGACGGCUCCCAGAAGGGCAUCGCAAAGACGCUCAAGACAAACUACCCCGGGACGAACCGGACCAACGCCAACCGGCUCGGCUUCACCCUCCUCACGUACAACGUCCUCUCCGAGAUCUACGCCACCGCCGACGCCUACCCGUACUGCGCCGCCUGGGCGCUCCCGUGGAACUACCGGCGGCGCAACAUCAUGCGCGAGCUGAUCAACUACCGCGCGGACAUCAUGUGCCUGCAAGAGGUGCAGGCAGACCACUUCGAGAACUUCCUCGAGCCCGAGCUCGCAAAGUACAACUACGCCGGACACGACGUCGAGUUCAACACCAUCGCCCGCCAGCGCCACUCCAACGACCGCAACGUGCUCAACCGCCUCCUCAAGGACAACGUCGCGCAGCUGCUCGUCGCAAACACGCACAUCAACGCCUCGCCCGAGUUCGCCGACGUGAAGCUCUGGCAGACGCAGCACCUCGUCCUCGAGAUCGAGCGGAUGCUCACGCAGCACUCUGGCUCCACCUCGACCAUCCCGGUGGUUGCGGCCGGCGACUUCAACUCGCUGCCUGGCUCGGACCCGCACACGCUCCUCGCGAACGGGCUCGUCCAGCCGGAGAACGGCGACCCGUCCGGCGUCCUCGCCACGCUCCCGCUCCGCCACUCGCUGCCACUCCGCUCGGCGAUGGCGACGGUGGGCGCGCACGCAAACGCGUCGGCCGAGAGCCACGAGCUGCAGCGGAUGGAGCCGCCGUACACGAACUACACAACCUCCUUCGUCGGCACGCUCGACUACAUCUUCUACACCGUCGACCGCCUCUCUGUGGGCGGGCUGCUGCAGAUGGUCGACGACAGGCAGGUGCAGGAGCACACUGCGCUGCCCUCGCCGCUCUUCUCGUCCGACCACACGCCGCUCCUCUCCGAGUUCCACUUCAAGCGCUGA